CAACUGGGCUUGCAAGUUGUGACUGACAACAGUACAGGGAACUAUGUUUGUUUCACUAUUAUUUGGUGGUCUAAUCAUGAUGGCAUUUACAUCAAAUGCUCAAGAUCACCCUGGAAACCCUGCUAAUGGCACUUGCGUGGAUUGUAAUGAUGUUAUGUACGACAAUGGAGUAUGGCAUAGUGUAUGCACUGAGGAUUUCACCUGCCCACUUAACAUAGCAGAUAUAGAAAAUAGAAUUAUGGGGAAAGACGUUAAGUUUAAUGAAACAUAUUAUUAUGGAAAAUCAGCAUUCAUACCUGGUACACGUCACUAUGAGUCCAACGCAAUACUCGCAUCACGAAUCGACUCCAUUAAAAAGAGUGAUAUAGGAACAGAAGCGGUGCCAACUGACAAUUGUCAACAAUGUCGGGAAUAUGCUAUAGGAGACACAUGGGUCCAAUGCGUUUGUAAAAUAGUGGAUUGCCCAUCAGCCAUCGCCGAACAAAUCGACUCGAGUUAAAGCGACACUCCCUUAGGAAGACUCAAUA